UGAAGGAAAAGAAAAAAGAUCGUUGCUAAACUUGCUUAAGUAAACACCCAGCGUUCUAUCGUAACUGGUGAGCGUCUCCUAGCGAACGGACCAGAAUAUUGAAUUUAUGCAUCUUCAACAAAUAAAGACAUGAAUUCUUGCCCACAACCAACGAACAGUAAAAGACUUUCGGAUAUUAGUAUAUUGUCUGCUGCUCCGGAAAUGCAAAAAUGCAUCGAGAGAGAAAAAUACAGACAAAAACACGACAGUAUCCAAGACCGUUUCGGUGACAGGUGGAACUCCAAGCUCGAAAGAAAUACGUCGGACGGACUUGUUGCCUGUAACUACCCUAUUACCAAAUGCUGCGCCAUUUCUGAUUCUGCAUCUUCAGUUUUAUCCGACGAUGUUCCAUUUGUCUUUAAGAAUCCAAAGAUUUCGUUUAAAGGCGCCGAAGAACGAAGUUUGGCACUCCUUCAGAAUCUUUCACUAAAUCGUUCCCAUGUAUCGUCUGACGAGGAAUGUGCUGUAUUAAAAACUAGUAAUAUCGUAAAAAAUGCACCAUUGACGAAGGGUGCUAAGACGGAAGAGCAUUUAUUAAGAUCCAUUAAUGCUCCUUUCAAUAUUCAAAACCUAGGCAGAAACACAAAAGACAAAAACUCUAUCGCGGGUAAUAUCAACUACAGCGCUCUGAAAAAAAGUAGCAAGGCUAAUUACAAGUCUAAAUCAUUGCCGUUGGAUGAUGACUUAUUGGUUUCUGACGAAGAUGGCUUCUCUGAACAUAUGAUUGUUGUAAAGAAAGAUGAUAAUUGGGGGUCUACAAGCGACUUGAAUGAUGAAGCUCAAUAUUUUCCUCUGAGGGAAAAAUCAAACAAACUGAAAGACAAUGCGAUUACUACAGAUUUGGAACCUGACUGCAUCAGUCUGAGACACCAAAUUGAAAACAUUGAGGCCAAUAUGACCAUCGAGGCCAUCAAACAAGGAGAAGGAGCGUUGUUAGAACGAUGUGAGGAACUCCGUGAACAGUUGGUAAAAGAACGCGCCCUCACCUGUAAGCUGAUCACCCAGAAAACCAUUGCUGAACAACGGACUAAAAUAGCAGAAAGCAAACUGGAGAAUCAACAAGAAUGGAAAAACAAAACAUUGGAAGAUGUGGAAAUUGCUCGGAAAAACAUCAAACAAAUCUCCGAUGUCUACUCCGAAUUAAUUGCUCAGAUGAGGAACGAAAAGAAGGUGAACAAUACUUUACAGCAAAAAAUUCAACGAGACAGAAAAAAGAGAAAACGGUUCAAAGAGGAAACACUUGAUCUGAAACGUAAAACAGAGCAAAUGAAUAAAUGUAGGAUGGCCGUUGAGGGUGAAAAGGAAGAGUUGAAAAAGGAUCUGAAGCGUCAAGAAGAAAUCAUACAACAGUGCCGAAGCGAAAACGGAGAACUGACUAAGAAACUCCAGAAAGAGAAACAGAUCAAACAGAAAGCUAUGUAAGAAUCUCUCUCUAUCUGUCUGUCU